AUGUUGUUGGGCUUCGACUUCCUUUGGCAUUAUGGUUUGUCCUUACAGAUGGUUGAAGGUUAUGUCCGUUUGGUUGGUACUCGUGACCCUCUGGAGUGUGAGUGUGUCCGACACACUGUGUCGUUGCCCUUCGCUCUACUUGGAGCAACUGGUUUUGCGGGUGUACUACCCGUCCCUCCGACUAUCUGCCCUAGUGAAGCACAAGGUGUAUGUACCCGUAAUGCUUCUACCCAGACUACUGGUAUGAUUGAUGAGUCUGUUCAGACGGUACCAUCCACAUCUAGCACAAGUUCUUCGGAGACUGUCCCCAAGAACCCCGUCCGUUGUGCCAGAACUUGUGAAAGUCCGCCUGAUGUUGUGAUUGGUAAUGGAGCUAGCUCGCUAUACUCUCUUUGCCGAUACUCUGAUGAUGUUUAUUCUCACCUUGGUUUUGGUGAUGGUGAUGGUGAUGACAGUCCUUCCCUGGCUCAGCGUAGGGUUUUUGCUGAUGCUGGGGCUCCUAUCUGUUUGCUGCAACCCCCUGAUCCGUAUGAAUUUUAUGACGACCCUAAGAAGGGCGGACAUACUGGUUUUGAACAAUGGCCUGCAGAAGACCAAGAGAUCUACGAUGAGUUCGAGAAUGAUGACAUAGGUGGUAAUUUGGAUGACUAUGCGAUCCCAUUACUGCCCGGCCCUGAGGAACCCGAUGUUGUACUACCCAAGUUACCGGUGUCUGACCGUCCCGAACUUUGCCCUAUUCAGGAUCUCUGCAACGAGUUCUCUGAGUUGUUCAACAAUAAGAUCGGGUUCUGUCCGUUGGUCACUCAUGAUAUAAAGACCUUUGAUGAGCAGCCCAUGGCCCAGCGUCCGAGACGUGUACCUCAUAAAUGGCAAGCUGACAUACGAGGCCAGAUUGAUGACAUGCUGAGAGAAGGGAUUAUUCGGCCAAGUAUGAGUCCGUGGCGUUCACCUUGUGUCUACGUUAAGAAGAAGACUGGUGGUGUCCGUAUCUGCGUGGACUAUCGUGAACUAAAUCGUCGGUCCCACAUGUCCGCUUACCCCCUUCCUCGACCUGACUUUGUGCAGGAUGACUUGAAGGGUGCCCGUUUCUUUACAUCUCUGGACCUGAAGUCUGGUUACUGGCAAGUACCCGUCUCUGCCGCUGAUAUCCCGAAGACCGCUUUUUGUCCGGGGAAUGGUUUUCUCCUCUAUGAGUUUUUGCGUAUGCCGUUUGGUCUACAUGAUGCUCCUGCUACUUUCCAGAAACUCAUGGAGGACAUCCUGGGCGACCUACCAUUCGUCAAGAUCUAUCUUGAUGAUAUUUUGAUUUUCUCUCCGGACAUGGAGACUCAUGUUCGGCACCUUCGUGUGGUCUUCGAGAGGUUGUCCGCUGCUAAGGUAACUUUGGGUGCUACUAAAUGUGACUUUGCCAUGGAGGAGAUAUCCUACUUGGGCCAUAUUUAUGACAAGUUUGGUAUGCGUCCCGAUCCUGACCGUGUCCGUUGUAUAAUGGAAUGGCCACUACCUGAGACAGUUCGUGAUUUAACCUUCAACACUUACCCAGCCGUCCCUGGGGCGUUACAGCACUUGGACGAAAUGUUGAACGCUACCAUGGACGCUCCUGGUGAUAUGGUGUACUCUGAUAUGGACUCCAACGCUACUCUACCUAGUGGUGAUAUCAGCAGCGACCCUACUGGGUUUAUGGCUGCUGUGGAAGAGUUCUUCUCACCAACUCAAUUAAUUGCAUCUCUGGUUGGCACCAUUAUCACUUUUAUGAUAUUAUGCGGUAUGGAUCGCCUCGCUAGAAGGUUUCGCCGAUGGGCGAAUGCUAAAAUGGUCGCCAAGCUCGUGAUCGACCAUGUGGCCCUUGAGGAGGAAGAGGAUAGCGAAGUUGACUAUUGCGUACAUUAA